UCGUUGUGCAAAACAAUGGUUAAAGAAGAACGAUAUGAAAGUCCUGACCUCAAUGCAACAGAAAUGUUGGGGAAGCACCUGAAGCGAGAGGUCUCUGUGAGGAAACCCACCAGCGUCUCAGUGCUGAUGUGGUUUAGUAGUGAGGAAUUGGCAGAAAUUCCUCUGAGGUGAUGGAUCAGCAGUUACCGGAAACAUUUAGUUUCUUCAGAAGGGGGUAACACCAGACAUUGAAAACGUUCCACAUAAUUUUGUAAUUCUUGUACAAAUGAUACUUUUACUUGAAUGAAUAAAUUAACUAGUAUAUUAUUUCUGUCUCAUUUGAUUGGUUGGAUUCUCUUUGUCUGCUAUUAAGACUCCACUAAUGUUUUGUGUCAGUUUUUAGAGAAUUCUGAAAGGCAUUUAAAAACAAAACUGUAAAUAGCGUGAAUAUUUCUUUAGUAAGCCUGAUUAUUCCAAUAAAUAGGAACGCGCUACAGAGUGUUUUUCACUAAGAGGUGUUAUUUUAUUUAUGGUAGUACAGGAAAUUCAGAAAGCGAAAACUGAAUUGAGCAAUACUUCUGUGGAAGAGGUUUUGAGUCGUGUUCCGCUUAGAUUCGGUUAUUACCAUUUCCCAGGUGGCUGCCGGCGUACGAUAUGAUACGAUAUGACGCAACUGGUAGGCCUGGAUCCUGCUAAGAGCCCAUGAAGGUGAAUCUCCCAGAAUACUGGAAAUCCCGGCUGAACUGGCACCUGUAAACGAGACGGCGUAGCAUCACAAAGACCAACACUAAUCCCGUCACAGUCCGUGUUUAUUACCGCAAAAGAGUGGUAGCACUGGUGGUAAACUGCCAUGUGCAGAGAAGUGGAAUUAUUUCAGUCAUAAAUGGAGAAGGACAAGCAGGCACUCUGUGUCCCGGACGGCAACACACACAUCACAACACCUGCUUCAUAGCUGCUGUAUCGAUGACUACACCUAAAAAAAUUGAUCACAUUUGACGACGCAGAAGAUUACUAUUCUACAGAAACCCUCGCUGCUGCUGCCAUGGAUGGGGAGGAAGAGGUCUCUAAUGUUAGCACGGAUGUGGUCAGCGAGCCUAAUGGCUCGCUAGAAAGUAAAAAACGAGAGGCUAAAGGGACCUGCCUCAGAAUUGAGGGACAGGACGGCUACGUGUUCAAGUCCUACAGCAUUACCCCUCAUGACAUUGCGGAUCCGAGCUCUCCUUCUUGCUCCUCUUUUACACUGGAUAAAGACUCCUCCCCUUCUUCCCAUUUUUCUUCUCAGGAUGACAAACUGUUGGAGUCGGGCAAAGCGAGCAGGGCCGAUCCAGCAUCUCCAGCUCUUUCGGACAAGUGUCUACACACAGACGCUGAGGGAAAUGCAGAGGAUGAAAAGUAUGAAAACGGCAGAAAUGAGGAGACUGGGGAUGCAAAUGGGAUGGAGGAGGACGUACAGGAUGAUGAAAGGCUAGCGUUCGGGAGCUCAGUGGGCCCUUUUGUAACUAGAGAUGGCGAUGACUAUAGUAAUUUACUAAGUGGAUACACAAGCACCCUUUAUGAUGUUGCCAUGGACGCAGUCACUCAGAGCCUUUUGUCUUCUAUGAGGAGUCAUACCAACCCAAGGAAAAAAUCUCCCGCAUGGAAUCAUUUCUGCAUAUCGCCACGAGAUAGUACCAAAGCAAUCUGUUUAUACUGCAUGAAAGAGUUCAGCCGGGGUAAGAACGAAAAAGACCUCAGUACAAGUUGUUUAAUGAGGCACGUACGAAGGGCUCACCCCACUGUGCUUUUGCAAGACGGAGCAGACACAUCCUCAAGUAAUCUGACUAGCUGUUUUGCCUCAUCUUUGAUACCUCCCUCCCCAAGCUCACCAAAAAACGGAGACUUGACAAAUAGCGUCACUGCUUCUGCCUCAAAGAACACUUCGCCGUCCACCUCCUCAGCUGAAAAUUCAGACGUGUCAUCCAAAGAAGUGUUGCCCAAAGUCGAACCAAAACUAGAACCAUAUGCCAAUGCGGACACCGCUUGCAGCGUGCUCUCGUCCUCACAUUCCACUGACAACAACCUCGAAGACGCGGCGGAAGGCGGCCCAGACCGCCCCCCAGGGACCCCAAAAAGCUCCAGUUCCCGUCGCAGGUCAGCUGUGUGGAAACAUUUCUACCUGUCUCCUGCUGAUAAUUCCAAAGCUGUAUGUAUCCACUGCAUGAAUGAAUUCAGCAGGGGGAAAAACGGAAAGGAUCUAGGGACGAGCUGCCUGAUCCGUCACAUGUGGAGGGCCCACAAAGAGGUUGUGAUUGAGGAAAAUGGACAGGGAAAUCACAUUCCCCCACCCUAUACCAACUCGCCCUCGCUGUUGUCCCGCACACAACUAAUGGAUCCACUGGAUAUUAAAAAAGAAUCACCCCUUCUUCCAUCCUCCCCCUCCGAAACCAUAUUGGAUGAACUGCAGAAUAGCAUGGAGGAAAGCAUGGACAUAACACCAGAAUCUGAUGAUGUGAUGCGUCUCUCAGGGCAGGAGUCCUCUCUCAGCUUCUCCUUCAAAACCCAGGGAGAGGAUACCCCUUUGACUUCCUCGCCGUGCGACCUCUCUGAGGGCCCCAGCCUCAAUCAGGAUCAUUCAGUUUUCCAGCAAAACAAGAAAAUCAUGAAACGGGUGAAGUCGGAAGUGUGGCACCAUUUCAUAGUGUCGCCUGUCGACCAGUUAAAAGCACUGUGCCGUUACUGUCCAUGUGUGAUCAGUCGGGGUAAACGGGGAGACUUUGGCACAAGCUGCCUGAUGAGGCAUCUAAUGAGACGCCACCCGGACGUCCUCAAAAACCAAAAAAGCACAGACGACAAGGAACCCUCUCUGCACCCCUACACUAAUCUCAGCGCGACGGAUACAGUUUCAGCCAAAGAAACUGAGAGCCCUGCCAUUGAGAAAAAACCCCAAACCCUGCCCGUUUUCAGUAAAAAGACGUCAAAACUGUGGAACCAUUUCUCCAUUUCGCCUGCUGACCCUACAAAGGUGGUUUGUUUGCACUGUAGCCGCACAAUUAGCAGAGGCAAAAAGACUACGAAUCUCGGCACAAGCUGCCUCUUCAGGCACAUGCAGAGGUUUCAUGGACAUUUUCUUGAAAGUAACAAUACUAUCUCAGGUGAUGUGCCGUCUGCUGAAAUUCAAGUUAAGCAAGAGCUCAUGGACACGUCUGUCUGUGAACCAGAACAGAACCAUGAGAGGUUUGAUGAACACCACCCGGUUGCCAAAAAAAUCACCAAACUUAUUGCAGAAAUGCUCGCACUGGAUCUUCAGCCAUCAGCUCUGGUUGAGAAUGCUGGACUGAACAGACUUCUAGAGUAUCUCCAGCCUCAGUAUUCUCUACCACCGUCUUCUUACUUUACCAGCACUGCCAUACCAGACAUGUACGAAAAGGUGAAGGACGUUGUGCUGACCCACCUGAAAGAGGCCGAAGGUGGAGUCGUCCACUUCACAACAAGUAUUUGGGUCAGUAGCCAGACGAGGGAAUACCUGACCCUAACUGCCCACUGGGCCACGUACGAGUCAAGUGUCAGACCCCAGGGUCAAGAUUUUCACUGUUCCGCUCUCCUAAGUGUCUCGCAAAUAGACUGUGAUCACGAUAUGCAUGACAUCCCAAAGCAGCUCGAGUACCUGUGGGAUUCUUGGAUCACCUCAGCAGGGCUGAAAAAAGGGUUCACUGUAACGGAUAACAACACCAUCAGAAACACCUUGGAGGACCACGGCCACGUCACCAUGCAGUGUUUUGGACACACUAUAGACCUCAUCGUAAGCGAAGCCAUAAAGAGCCAGAGAAUGGUUCAGAACCUUCUGAGUAUUGCGCGGAAGAUCUGUGAACGCGUGCACCGCUCGGCGAAGGCCAAGGAGAAGCUGGCGGAGCUUCAGAAGGUCCAUCAGCUGCCGGAGAACCAGCUGAUCCAAGAUGUCCCUUCCAAGUGGAGGACCUCCUUUUUCAUGCUGGAGCGCCUGGUGGAGCAGAAGGCAGCCAUCGACGAGCUGUCGAUCGAGUGCAAUUUCAGGGAAAUGAUCAGCUGCGACCAGUGGGAGGUGAUGCUGUCGGUCUGCAAUGCACUGAAACCUUUCGAGGUCGCCUGCAGGGAGAUGAGUAACCGCACUGCCACUCUGGGACAAGUCAUACCACUCAUCCACAUCCUCAAUAGAAAAAUCGACCUGCUGUUUGACGAGACCGUGGGCAUAGACAACAUGCUCAAGUCUCUGAAGGAAGCCAUGGUGAGCAAAAUGUCAGCAACCCUGCAUGACCCACGAUACACCUGGGCGACCAUGCUGGACCCCCGAUACAAGACCUCGCUGUUCACAGAGGAAGAAGCCGAGCAGUUUAAGCAAGACCUGAUCCGGGAGGUGGACUUGUCCUCUUCUACCUCAGCUGCAGUCAAGCCCGCGCUCCCCAACGGCUGCAGUGACGCCUCCGUUUCAUCCGACCCCUCCCAGUCAAACAAGGACAACCUCUGGUCCCUGAUGGCUGACGUCAGACAAACAAUAAAAAACGAGGAGAAGCCAAAGUCCUCAGAGCUGGCAGUGCUGGAGUACUUUGAGGAAGACAUACUCGAUCAAAGCUGUGACCCCCUUGACUAUUGGAACUUGAAAAAGUUCCUGUGGCCUGAUCUUGCCAAAGUAGCCGCCCGUUACGUGGGCUGCCCUCCCAGCAUCAUCCCAGCAGAGACACUGUUCAGCACGGCUAGUGUCAACUGUGCCCUGAAUCAGCCCAGGCCUUUGCUGGACAACAUGGAGGGUCUGCUGUUCCUUAAGGUCAACCUCCCUUUGAUUUAUUUUCAGUACUGAUUAUUAUUAUUAUUAUUAUUAUUAUUGAGCAUUAACUUGAAAACCCUUUAUUAAGGACCAAGUUGCAUAGCUGUGAAAUGGGGGUUGGGGGGGGGUUUCUCUUGGGCAAAAUGUAAAAUAUCAAUUUAUACACUGAUCGAUUCUUAAUGCAAAUGCCAGAUUGAGGUUUUAUUGUAUUCUGUGUACUACUGUUAAAACACUUUGGAGCUGUUGUGAUGAAAAGUCUCAGUCAGAAGUGUAUCAGGGAGGGAGGGUUUUUCUAGCUGUAGGGGUUGGUGAUUAUGUGUUUGCUUGUAAAUCGUUUUCUGUUUUCCGUCUACUCUCUCCUUGUGCCUUAUCCAAACUACUUCAGGUCAAAAUGCUGUAAAUAUUGUUAAAAUUGCUCAGAUCACGUCAGGUUGUUUUUUUUUUUUUUUUUUUUUUUUGAUUAUUAUGGAUUAAAGACAGAUGCUGUUGUUUUCUGAAUGAAGACAUGGCCCAAAAAUAAAUGCUGUGACUGAAAGAUAUUUUAAGUUAAUGUUAUUUAAUUUUCAUCGUGAAUUCGUGGCUCAUGGUACUGUCAUUUAGAAAUAGAAAUGUUUUUUUCUUUUUUCGUUUUUUUUUUUUUUACUUGCUGAAUUUUAAUAAGAUCAUGUAUACUAUUGCUGUAUUUUCAGAAUAAGGGGGUUUGUUUGGAAUAUACAAUUUGUCUCUUAAGCACAAUUUUAAGUUUAUGUCCAGGGGAUUAAAUUAUGGGUUUAUUAUUGAGUAAAACAAUGUACUGUACAUUUUUAUAUUAAAUGACUUCUCAACCUAAUUUGAUAAAUGUUUUAGCAUUGAGACUGGAAACAUGCAAAUUUUGUGGUCAUUUGUAAAUAAAGGUUUUCCUUAUACAAUAUUGCAGACGGAUACUUAUGUCGGGUAUAUACAGUCUAGCAGCACAUAACAACAAAUUUUGUUCACACUUCACACAUUUUAAAAUGUUUUCCCAGUGCCCACAGGCAGCUUUAUUCAUCUAGAAAAAUGUUUUACAAAAUAUACUAAUUAGACUGUGAGGAAAAGAAAAGAUUCAGAAGAAAGACCGUUGCUAUUCAGGAGAGCUGUAUACGAUUCCUAAGCAUGUUUCCACACAUGAGUAGAACGCCACUUAAACAUCAUAAAACAUGCAUGCAGGUAUUAAUGUAUAUCUGCAGCUGGUUUGUGGUGGAAUGUGAUACCUAGAGAAACAGAAAUUCAGGGCUACUUGCGUUUUGUUGAAGUGGGAUUAUAUGAGAUCCGCAUUCAGAGCGCCACCACAGUAAAUGGAAGUCUUUUCCAACUAGGAGAGAGUGCUGAGUGAGGGCAACACAAUCAAAGUAAGUAAACAAGGCAGCAGUUCUAUAAAAAAAAAAAAAAAAAAGAAAGCUAAAACACAUUUUGCUGCUCUGUCCCCAUCAGUUCCUUGCUUAUCUUCUAUAAUAGACAUGGAUGAGUAUCUCAUACAGUCUC